GCCACGUCAUACAGCGUGAAUCCAUCCAUUGGUCAAACACAAGCAUAUGCUGCUCCUUUUUCCUCCCGAUGGCAGUUUUACGCCCCAAACAGUAAAUAAUAUUUUGUCCAAUCUUAACAAAGCUUAUACCUUCGAGAAACACUUUUAUGUUUGUCAUAUGCAUCUUUAAAGGCUUUGCAAUCGUUUCUAGCAGUCGUUCCCUUUGUGCUUGUUUCUUUUGCAUCACUUUUCGAGACAAUGGAGUCUCUUCGCCAUCAGCGCUUACAGCCCGGUAUUGGAUACGGAGCGAGCGCGAGCGCGACCGGGACUCUCCGGUCCCUGCGGCCCGGUGUAACCGGAACUCUAUCCUCGGCACAGGCUUCCCGCGUCUCGGUGUCUGCGUCCCCGGGGCCGCCGCCACCACCGCCGCCGCUCCAGCUCCACAGCCUCGGGUCCGGUAUCAUGGGCAGCGGGUUCGGCUCGGUGGACAUGUCGGCGGGUCUGGGUCUGUCCAAUCCCACCAACCCGGCGGUUCUGAGAGAGGCAGUGGACGCGGUGGUCCGGAGCUUUGCCAAACACACGCAAGGAUACGGCAGGGUGAAUGUCGUGGAGGCCUUGCAGGAGUUCUGGCAGAUGAAGCAGUCACGAGGUGCUGACCUGAGGAACGGGGCUCUUGUAGUCUAUGAGAUGGUCCCAUCCAAUAACCCCCCUUACGUCUGCUACGUCAGUCUCCCCGGGGGAAGUUGCUUCGGGAGUUUUCAGUUCUGCCCGACCAAAGCUGAAGCAAGACGGAGUGCGGCCAAAAUUGCUCUAAUGAAUUCUGUUUUCAAUGAGCAUCCAUCUCGACGCAUCACAGAUGAGUUCAUAGAGAAGAGUGUGUGUGAGGCUCUAGCCUCUUUUAAUGGAAACAGAGAAGAAGCUGAUAAUCCUAGUACAGGCAUCGGUGCUUUUCGGUUCAUGUUAGAGUCUAACAAGGGGAAAUCUAUGCUAGAGUUCCAGGAACUGAUGACGGUUUUCCAGCUUCUCCAUUGGAAUGGUAGUCUCAAAGCCAUGAGAGAAAGGCAGUGCUCUCGUCAGGAAGUGCUUGCUCAUUACUCCCACCGAGCGCUAGACGAUGAUAUGCGUACACAAAUGGCCGCCGACUGGGUCAGUCGAGAACACACUUUAUCCGGUACCAUCAAUCGAGAGGUGGCCGCCACCGAGCGCGAGCUGGAAGAGGCCCGUCUGGCAGGACGGGAGCUGCGCUUUUAUAAGGAAAGGAAAGACAUUCUGCUAAUGGCAGUGGGGCAGCUAGGUGGGUCAAACACUACAACUCUGCCCUGCACAUGCUGAAGAGUAUGAAGACGUGUCAGACGUGGCGUAUGAUUGUACCAGAUAGCACUCCAAAACUAAAACGGUCUUUUUUUACUUGUGUUUGUGUGGGAGGAGUCAUCAAAGAAUCAGCAUUUCAAAUAAUUUCAGACAAAAAUGGUGAUGAAUUAUACGUUUCUGUCUUUCUGAUCUGAACAUAUAAGACAUUUUAAACUUGAACAGAAUUAAGCGCUAUAUUGCUAUUAUUACUAUACCAGUAUUAUCCUCCAGUGUUAUCGGUUGACUGUACUGGCACAUGGACCUAGUAUGUCGGGAAAAUCAGAUUUUGAGGCCUUGUUUGCAUUGUACUACACAUAAAUUCGCUAAAAUCACUGCCUAUUUGCUUUUCUUAGGAGAUACAGUUGUGUGGUCAAGUCACCUUUAUUUAUAUAGUGCUUUAUACAGUACAGGUUGAUCACAGCAAUAUUGUAUCAAUAUUCUGCAAAUACAUUCACAUAAUAGCCUUGCUCAUUUAUUUGCUAGACACAUGCUUUUGGGGAAUAUAAAAAACUUUGCUUUGCAAUGUUAAUCUUAAGUAUGUUUGUGUAAACACACAUUUAUACAGUACUUUAAAAGUUAACUCAACUUUUCCACAAGAGCCAAUGGCCUUAGCAUAGAUGUUUGCUAAGGAAGCAACCACAAAAUAUUUGCAUAAUACCAAGGUCAGAUUUUCUCACACACUGUCAUUGGUGAGAAAUCUAGGCACAGGAAACAUAGCAAGGCCAUUUCCUCCAGCCUUCUGACAUAGAAAAACUGAAUCUGUGCCCUCAUUAUAUUGCCUUCUGUUACUUUUGUGGUUGUAGAACAUUAAUGCUAAUUUAUGGCAACAUUUAAUUUCUACCUCCCCUCUGAAAGCUUUUGUGAACAUUUAUAUGCAUACAAGUGCGGAUGGGAUUUGUGUUCAAGGAAUCGUUCACUAAAAAAUCAAAAUUUGCUGAAAAUGUACCUCUCCCUCAAGCCAUCCAAGAUGUAGAUUAGUUUUUUUUUUUUUUCAUCGGAACAGAUUUGGAGAAAUUUAACAUUACAUCACUUGUUCACCAAUGGAUCAUCUGCAGUGAAUGGGUGCCGUCAGAAUGAGAGUUCAAAGAGCUGAUAAAAACAUCACGGUAAUCCACAAUGUCCAUAAUAAUGGUUUCUCCAGUGAAAAGUAAUCUCGUCUGCAUCAGAUGAGAAAUAUGCAUAAAUCAAGCACAGUUUACAAGUAACAACAGUCCAAAACAGCUCUAAACAAAUGUGUCAGGAUUUUGAUAUGGGAGGACAACAGGAGAUGGUUUUUUUUUUUUUUUUUUUUUUUUUUGUUCUGGAGGAAACUUGAUUAUGGAUUACAGAUCCGUAUUUUGGUCAGAUGCAACAAUUUAAAGUUAAAACACCUUAAUGAUGGAUUUGUCUCUUACAAACAUGCAGUUUUUCACUUCACAAGACAUUAACUAAUGGACUGGAUUAAUUGUGAUGUUUUUAGCAGCUGUUUGGACUCUCAUUCUGAUGGCACCCAUUCACUGCAAUAGUGAGCAAGUGAUGUAAUGCUAAAUUUCUCAAAAUCUGUUCUGAUGAAGAAAAAAGUUAAUCUAUAUCUUGAAAGCCCUGGGCGUGAAUAAAAUCUUAGCAAAUUUGCAUUUUUGAGAGAACUAGUACUUCAUGAUAAGCAAUGCUUUGCAAUAGGAUGCUUGAUUCUGUGCCACAAGAAAAAAAACAUAUAUUGCGUCUUAUAGACACACUUGUUGGUUUCCCAACUCAAAAUGGUCCUUAUAGCCUGUACUAUUGGUUAUAAAAUAAGUUGAGAUCAUAAAUAUACAAUAUUUUAAAAUGUAAUCACAUUCUUAUUCCAUAAUUAUAAAUUACUGCAUUAUAACUGAUCAUAAUGCAUUACUGUGUGAAGUGAUGUUGUAAACUUGAUUGUUAAUUUUUUAUCCCGCUCACAUGUUUCAGUAUUAGGGGCUACGACAUCAUAUCAGUUACCUUUCAGAUCAUUUUAGAUCAGGAGAAAUGCCGAGAUAUCUCUGCUUUCUCUUUGAACUGAAUUUUAAAGGACUAGCUGCUAAAUCUUGAUACUAGCGCAUCACGAUGCUUAAAGUAGGACGUGCAUGGUGAGAAACAUCAAUGAUUAUCAUUAGCCAGAUAGAUCUGAAAAUACUUUUAAGGGUUAAUUGUAAUCUCUUGUUUUCUGUUGUUGUUGUGCAGUUGUGGUCUUACACAUCAUAGUUUAACUGCAGAACUGUCUUAAUAAUUCAGUUAAAGCCCUGGUAGUUUAUAGGCUGGUAUUAUAAAAAGAAUAGUAAUACAGACAAAAUGACAAAAGAAAUAAGAAAGUUUAUUUCAAUAAACUGCACCCACAGAGAUGGUCAAAAUAGAGAUGCCACUGAUAAUCUAAAGCCCCCUUUCUUUACACUUUCAUAAUAUGCAAGAUCACUACAAAUUAUUUAUUCAUUUGAGACCAUGUAUUUUGUGAAAUGACAAUGAACAUUUUGUAAAAGACUGCCAUUUUAACAGUACAAUUUGUAGUUUAAUUUUCAGUGUAAUUAUCACGUUUCUGAAAAGAAUUUCUGAGUGUUCUCUCAAUGUAAUUUUUUUACAAGACCUUUAUUGUUUGUGUUUGUAUUUCGUCAUAUGAUUCCAUCACUUGCCACUGAAGUGUAUUAAAAUGUAAACUGCAUUGCAUAUAAUUUUAUACAAUUUGUUGGGUCUUUUCCCUGCUGUUUUUUUACACUCUUGUUUACCAAAAUUAUUUUUCAAAUAAUACUUAAGGUAGUGAAAUUGAAUCAGUGCAUGUGAAUACAGUUUAUACGUUCUCUAUUUGUUUUGUAUUAGUAAUCUGCCAUUUUACAUGUUUUAUAAGAUUUUGAUGCGUAGCCAAUUUUUUGUUGUUGUUGUUGUUGAUUUAUAUUCUUUACAAAUCAAUAAAGCAAUUAUAAACUUA